AUGAAGACGCUUUACUGCUGUGUGCUGCUGCUUUGCUGGAAAGCAAUUUGCUGCAACAGCUGCCAGCUCACCAACAUCACCAUUGCGGUGGAAAGAGAGGAAUGUGAAUUCUGCAUUACAGUGAAUGCCACAUGGUGCUCAGGGUACUGCUUCACCAAGGAUCCAGUAUAUAAAUAUCCUCCAGUAUCAACUGCUCAGCAGACCUGUACCUUCAAGGAGGUUGUGUAUGAAACAGUGAAGAUUCCUGGCUGUGGUGACCACCCUGAAUCCUUUUACUCGUACCCAGUAGCUACAGAGUGCCACUGUGACAGCUGUGACACUGACACCACUGACUGCACUGUCAGGGGACUGGGGCCAUCCUACUGCUCCUUCAGUCAGAAUGGAAGUAACCAGUGA